UGCAGAUUCUGAUGAAGGAUGCUUGGAUUUCCGGGCUUUUAAAACUCUUGUCUGUGUAAAUUUUCUUUUGUAUGUAUUUUUAUUUUCUCGGGCAAAUAUUUGGGUUGAGAAAGUCUCAGAAACUCAUAGAUACCAUUAUUUCUCAGUCCUAGACACACACACACACGCGCGCGCGCUCUAUCUUAGUAAAACAAAGGAAAAAAGAAAAAUGUGCAUUAACAGUGGCAGCAGUUCUGGUAGUACUGAUGGUGUUGUAGGUUUAAAUGGAGGAUUGAGUCGCAAUUCCAAGAAACCACAGAAGCGUCAGAGACUCCCUAAAAGAGGUCCUGGAGUUGCAAAGCUUGAGAAGAUUUUGAGAGAACGAGAAAGCAAAAAUGACCAUCACAUCAUGGAGGCCUUUAAUCCUUCAUGCUUUGUACCACAUCCACCUCUUUCUUCCAAUAAUAAUGACCCUUUUCACAAUUUUCCUCAAACUCUGAAUUCUAGGCCUCCACAGCCACCACCACCGAUUCCAAUGACACCUACCAUGAAUAUUCUCUGUGGUUCCAAUUCCUUAACCUGUAGACGACUGGUCAAUUUAGGCCAACAAUAUCUUGAUCAUCAGACUGCACCAGCGUCUCCAAAUAUUUAUGCUAAUGGUAAUACUUCAUUUAUACAGAGACCUAAUAUUGUUGGUGGUUCUGAUGUGGCUUCACUUGAUCAGAAGGCCUUCUUUCCUGUAACAUGGUCUAGUAGUACUACACCUUCUAUGUCAAAUAAUGUUAUUGGCAAUGCUGAUGAAGGAAAAUAUUCAGACAGUAGUAGCAUAAUUUUGUCCUUGCCCAAACCUUUUUCCGAUGAAUCUAACCCUCUGUUGUCUUCUCCUUCCUUGAUGCAAAACAAACAUCCUCAAAACCCAAAUUCCAUGUUUCAGAUUAAUCAAUUUCGUGGCUCUGCUUCAUCUUCAUCAGCCCCUUCAUCGGCUGGACUUUAUAAUCCAGUAGAGCCCCCUUCAAGCCAAAGAUCUUAUCACAGCUACCCAUCUAUGGGACAAGAAGAAGAGGCAUGUGUAAUAGGCAUGAGGAGGCCGUCGCAGUCUUUCCCAAUGGACAACCCUCCAGGGCCGCCUAUUUUCCACCACCAAGUUCCUCAAUUUCUACCUCACAUGCACAGACCAACUGACCAAUUAUCUUCGUACAAUCUUGACCUGAGCGAGACAAUGCCACCGACCAGAGACUCAAAAUUGGACAAGUCUUUGGAGCUCAACGUGCACAACUAUACCAUUCAAUAUGGAGCACCUAAUGCCAUUUCCUUCAAAUUUGUUCCCCAGACAGUUGUUUUACCACCACAUCAUACUUUUCAAGACCACCAGGUGUCCAAAUUUGAUAUGCUUCCCCUUCAAGGAAGUAUGGAGGAGUACUCAAACAGAAGGUUAGAAGCAGCUGGAUCAGAUUUAAACAAACCCUUUUACAAAUUCUUAUUGUCAAAGGAGCAAGUGGGUAAGGAGAACAUACAUAACGUAGACAAUGAGAGUGAAUCUGGAGAGGAAGGCAUUGAUCUCAACCUCAAGCUCUAGGUACGUAAAUUGUCAUGAAGAGAGUUCGUUGGGGCAAUCUGUCAAACAUAGUUUAUCAUCGUGAAUUCAGAAGCCAUGAGAAUGUUCUAUGGAAAAAUGGAAGUUGGAAUCCAAUAUAGAGUUGCUUUUGCUUGUGUUAUAUCGGAUGUAGUUCGGUUGUUUGUCUUUUCAAUUGUAUACCUUGGAUGAAUUACAUAUGUAAGACAUAUGUGAACAUAGUAUAUGUACCAAUGUUAAUUUGCAGAAUGGAUUUCAUGUUGCUUUUA